UCUCGUCUACAACUCCACUCUACAUCCUUUGCUAGAUUAAGCUCUCUUUCGAAGCAUACUUACCGGCUGGUUUUUUUAGGGUUUUCAAUUUCUUGACCGUUGUCCCGACGCAAUACGAAAUUUUGCUGGUGUGUCUCUUGAAGAUCUGGUAAGCUGCAUUUUUCAGUAGCUUCAUUUUUGUUUUGAUGUUUAAUUUUCUCCAUAAAACAUUUCUCCAUGGGAGACACACCAUCACAGCUUCGUCUACCCACAAACUGUUCUUUCUUCCAAACCCAUCAUCAUUGAUAUCCCUCAAAUUUAUCUCGAGCGCUGGGAAUCAGCACUCCUUUGCUGUUUCAUACCUUAUAAAUUCAUGUGGGUUCUCUCCAGAAUCUGCUUUAAAGGCCUCCAAACAUGUCCAAUUUGAAUCCCCAGAGAAACCUGACUCGGUUAUUGCUUUUCUCAACAACCAUGGUUUCUCUAAAACCCAAAUCUCAGAAGUCGUCAAAAAAUAUCCGAUAUUGCUUGCUUCUGAUCCUGAGAAAACCCUCUUGCCCAAAUUUGAAUUUUGUGAUUCCAAAGGGGUUUCGAGACCGCUACUUGUCAAAAUUAUAUGUUUUGAUCCAUCUAUUUUACAUAGGAGCUUAGAGAGCCAAUGGGUUCCUUCUUUUGAAAUCUUAAACGAUGUCCUCAAAUCAGAUGAGAAAACCAUUUUUGCUAUUACCCGCUAUCUAGCUCAUGGUCCUAAAACUUAUCUUAGACCCAACGUUAAUAUAUUGAAAGAAAAUGGAGUACCAGAAUCAAAUAUCGCCAAAAUCUUAUAUCAUCAUCCUCGGAUUUUUUUUUGUAAACCAGAUCAGUUUAGGGAGAGCGUGGAGGAGGUGAAGAGAAUGGGGUUGAAUCCUCUUAUGUUUGCAUUUGUUUUGGCUCUACGUGCGUUGAGGGGAAUGAGCAAAAUGACAUGGAAAAAAAAGAUUAAUGUCUAUAAAGGAUGGGGUUGGUCUGAGGAAGAGAUUUUGAUGGCAUUUAGAAGGUUUCCAUGUUUUAUGUCAAUUUCUGAGGAUAAGAUUAUGGGGAUGAUGGAUUAUUUCGUCAACAUUAUGGGAUUAGAGUCGUCCUUCAUUUCUGCACGACCAGGACUUCUUGUAUUCAGCUUGAAGAAUCGAGUUGUUCCAAGGGGCUCGGUUGCUCAAGUUUUGUUGUCAAAGGGUCUGGUUGAGGCCAGUAGCUUGAGUACAUUGUUUGGAUCUCCGGAGAAGUUGUUCCUUGAAAAGUUUGUGUACCGUUAUCAAGAAGAAGCUCCUCAGCUGUUAAAGCUUUACACAGACAAAUUGGACUUUUCAAAGGCAGCUCAGAAAUAAGUAGUAUUUGGCAUUUGUAGGAGGCGAACACUGUGAUUCACAUGAGAUCAAUUUAGUUGAUUUUAUCGAUUAAUCUUUGAAUUUGUUCUGAGAAUGCACAAGACUUCUUGUAUACAGCUUGAAGAAGCAAGUUGUUCCGAGGGCCUCAGUUGCUCAAGUUUUGUUGUCAAAGGGUCUGGUUCAGACCAGUCGAUUGAGUACAUUGGAAAAGGUUGUUCCUUGAAAAGUUUGUGUACCGCUAUCAAGAAGAAGCUGCUCAGCUGUUAUAGCUUUACACAGACAAAUUGGACUUUUCAAAGGCAGCUCAGAAAUGAUUAGUAUUUGGCAUAUGAAGGAGGUGAACAUUAUGAUUCACAAGAGAUCAAUUUAGGUGAUUAUGUCGAUUAAUCUUUGAAUUUGUUCUGAGAAUGCAACUAAUGCAAACAAAUUUCUUUGAAGUAUAACUUUUAAAGCAGUAUGUUGGCUCUAAAGAUUAUAUCUUGAAUCAACGAUAUGGAUAGCAUCAUCUCUUGCUCUUAUAUA